AGCUAUGAGAUUGGAAAACUGGAUAAGAACAGCACUUCCGGACAAGAGAUGCAGUCUCGAGUUCUUCGACUGCUCGCUAACAUUUACCUAGACUGGGACUGGGAACAGUGUCAAGACAAGGCUCUCGAAACCAUCAACCUGGCUAAUGAGGCAUGUUUACAUCCUGUUGGAAUAUACUUAAAGAUAAAAAUCCUUUUGCGACGUGGAGCAUCUGAUGAAGAAAUCCAGAUUGCUGCCAUGAGUCUCUUGGACUUUGAAGACCCCGAAAACUUCUUAGAUUUCUUUUUGAGUACGACUAAAUUACUUCUGGAAAAUGACAGAGAUGCUGUUGGCUUCGAUUUUUUGAAGACUGUCUGUAACCGAUUAGAGUGGUCAGCAGAAGUUGGAAAAGUAUUUCUGCUCCACAUUGAACUCCUCUUACAAAGGAAGGAAGACCAACUUGUGAAAGAAAAGAUUGAGAACAUCCUUGCAGCCCAUCAUGCAGGAAAAGAGCUUCCUUUCAAAAUACUAAACUGGCUACAUAAUAUUCUUUGGAAUCAAGCUGCCCAAAAUUUUGAGGAAGAAAAUUACACGGAAGCCCUGCAAUGGUAUGACUAUUCGCUUAGUUUCUAUCCAUCAGGGCAGACUGAUAUGGACUUUGCUAAACUACAGAGAAAUCGAGCUUCUUGCUACAUUCAUCUAAAGCAGCUGGAUAAGGCCUACGAAGCUGUAAAAGAAGCUGAAAUAUAUGAUGCCGCCAAUAUUUUCACACAAUUCAUCAUAUUUAAGAUCGCAGUCUCCAGAGGCAAUACUGACGAAGCCUUAGCCGCAGUGGAUGCCCUGGAGCAAUGUGUGGCAAACUCAAUUGCACAAGAACGCGAUCCAAAUACCGAGGAAAUAUCAACUACCGCUUUUCUUAGUCUGGCCGCCCAGUUUGCUUUAGAGAACGGGCAGCAAGAAGUAGCCAUCAGAUCUCUGGAGUACUUGGCUCAAUAUUCGGAAGACCUGCAACAAGUACUUAUUGCUUUGAAAUGCUUGAUUCGUCUUGUUAUUUCACAAAUCUCUCACGUUGUCGACUUGGAAGAAAAUAGUUACAGGAAUGAGGAAAUGAGCAGACUUUUGUUUUGGGUGAAGACAGCUUAUGGGAAAGUUGCUUCGCCGAUAGCAAAAGAGAAACUGACUUUGGAAGUGUGGACUAACGAAGUACAGUGGUUUCGAAAAAUCGCCUGGAACUUGGCAAUGCAGUGCGAGAAGUGCUUGGACAUCAUGCGCGACUUCUUCCUGCUGUCAUUUGAACUAUCACAACUAUGUCCCACUGAAAAAGCAGUUUUAGUUUCUCAAAAAACAUGUUUGCUGAUGGCGGCUGCCGCGGAUUUAGAACUAGGCAGGAACGCUACAGAUGCUUCCCAAAAGGCUGAAAUGCUGACUCAUGCCAUUGAACACGUACACGGCUGCAGAAAAAUCGUGAACAUCCUGAAACAAAUAGGAGAUAACGCCAAAGAUCCAACUGAGAAUUUGCUUCUCCUUUAUGAGAUUGAAGCCAAAGCCAAACUGAAUGAUCCAAGUCUCCCUUCCGUCCUGGAUUGUAUGUGGGAGAUGCCUCAUUUAGAGACCAAAAUACUAGAAACAAUUGCAUCUGUGGUAAUGGAGCCUCCAGCCCACUAUCCCGAAAUUGCGAAACAGACCUUGAAAAAGGCCAUAUCUAUUUAUCUACAAGGAACGACUAUUAAUACUAUGAAGUACAGCAAAUGCCUGCACAGUUUCAUUAAUAUUUCACUACCAGACGAAGUAUUGGAACCAGAUAUGCACAUCUUGGAAGAAAUCUGGAGUUUCUUCGAAGAUGCUCUUAAUGUGAUCAGUCGCUCAAAGGAGUACCCACAAGUUAAGAUUCUCUGGCUUAUGACCAAAGCCUGGAACACUGGAAUCUUCCAGUAUGGUGAAGGCUUGUACGUAAUUGCUGAGAAGUGGUGUGGUUUAGGAAUUCGCUUUCUUAGCCACUUGGGUACUUUGAAGAAGUCCUACGAAGGUCAGAUGACUGAUGUGUACAAAGAGAUCGUGGCCAACAUCGAAAGAGAAAAGUGCUCUCCUCCCAAUGAAGAAUAAGAACAGCUACAGGAACUCAGAGCGAAUGGAGGUACACAGUAGCAGAGCACCUAGGCCUGUUCUCACGAUCUCUUGCAAAUUCUCCAGUUAUGACUACUACAACAACAUCGUUAUUGGGAAGAGAAGGGCCUUGUCCACACACGGUUUAUACCUUGGAUGCUAUUACUCUGAGUUCGAAUUCCAUCAACAAUUGUCAUUCCAUCAACAAUUGUCGUUCCAUCAAGAAUUGCGAUUCCAUCAAGAAUUGCGAUUCCAUAGAUUAGUUGAUCAGUGGA